AUGGAGGUGAAUGAAGAUUUGGAGGACGAACAGGGGAAGGAGGAGGAGAUUGAAGUGGAGAGCAAGAAGGAAGAGAAUGCUGGAGGUGAGGAGGAAAGGAAAAAAGAGGCCAAUUCUGAAAACCCUAAUUCUAACCCUAUGGGUUUGGAUAGAAGGAAUAGCAAAUGGAGGGACUUGGACAACAAGAUUAACAAUUUGAUCAAGGAAACCAAUUCGGGGAAAAAGAGCACGGAGGAGGAAACCAGUGAAGCUGAGGAGGAAAUCGAAAUGCAGGAAUGGGCAGAAAAAGACAUUAUAAAAAAGGAUUUGAAACAUCUGGAGGAUGUUAUUAUAAUUGUUAAGGAAAAGAUUGAGGAGGAUAAUGAGAACAUCACCAAUUGGGUCGCCAAGACUGAGAAGGCUUUGAAAAGCUUCAUGAACCACAGUCUGGAGGUCUUGAGAGUCUCAUCUCAAAACAUGAAUUCCUUGGUGGAUCACUUAGAGAUGAGAACCCAAAAUAAGGAUUUGGUAAUCAUUGAUGAUUUAUCGACCUCCACCUCUACAACUAGGCGAAGGACCAGGCAGACAACCAGUGAUAUAGAGAAAAAGACUAAGGAGAUUUAG